AUGGACGCCUUUGACGAGGCAAGAGUCAUCAGAUUUAAUGAGUUGGAAGCCGGAAGCAAAGAGGAGAAGGAGAUCGGAGAAAAAGCGAGAAGGAGGCCGGUUGGAGAAGAGGAGAUUAAAUUUGGUGUGUUAUUAGGUAUGUUGUCGUGUGAAGCUGUCAAUUCGGACUCUGUUGGUGGUGUUUGCGAUAAAGUUAAUUCAACUGAUAUUGGUGGUUGUGAUGAACUUAAUUUGGACUCUGUUGGUGUAGAAGGUAAUGGUGGUUGCGAUGAAGUUAAGUCCUCUGAUGUUUGUGUAGAAUGCAGUGAUGUGGGUUGUGAUGAAGUUAAGUCCUCUGAUGCUUGUGUAGAAGGCAGUGAUGGGGGUUGCAAUGAAGGCAAUUCUACCGAAGUUGGUGUUGAAGGCAAUGGUGGUUGUUGCAAUGAAGACUGUCCCACUGAUGUUGGGGUAGGAGGCAGUGUAUGUGAUUUGGAAAUUUCUCCUGGGUUGACCAAGUAUUGGCGCCCAGUUUGUGCUGACAGUUUGAAGCCUCACGUGGGGCAAAAAUUUGAUUCUUUGGAUGGUGCCAUUGCUUUUUAUAAACAAUAUGCUGGGGCUGUUGGUUUUGACUGUAGGAAGGGCUCAACUCGGAGGAGGAGGGAUGGUGUUGUUGUGGAGAAACAUGUGUUAUGCAGUCGUGAGGGGUUUAAGCACAUUAUUUCAGUUGAUGCUAAAACUAAUAAGGUCACGAGACGGAGGGUGACAAAUAGGGUUGGGUGUAAGGCUAAGGUGGUCUAUAAGCUCAAGUCUAAUGGUUUGUAUAGUGUGCAUUAUCUGGAGGAACGCCACACGCAUUUGAUGUGUUCAAUUAUUGCUAAGCAAUUUUUAAAGGUGAAUCGCAGUCUUGAUGCUGGACACCAAAUGUUCAUUGCGAGUUGUUUUCGGGCAAAUAUUGGGUCUGUUCGAUCAUAUAGGUUGUUUAAGGAGAUUGUAGGUGAUUAUUCUAGUGUUGGUGCUACAGGUGUGGAUUUUAAGAAUUUCAAACGUGAUUUGAUGGCGUACAUAUUAAAUGGCGAUGCUCAAUUGUUCAUAGAUACGCUUUUCAAGAGGCGUGAAGUGUGCGAGGCUUUUGAUUUUGAAUAUGAUGUUGACGACGGUGAUCAACUUUCUAGGGUUUUUUGGGCUGAUGCAGUGUCUAGGAAGAACUUUGCUUUGUUUGGUGAUGUGGUUUCAUUCGAUGCCACAUAUCGUACUAACAGGUAUAACUUGGUUUUUGUUCCAUUUACUGGAAUUGAUAACCAUAAGAGAUCCAUCACCUUUGGUGCUGGUUUGCUUACAAGGGAAGAUGUAGAUUCAUAUGUGUGGCUUUUGGAGAAAUUUAAGAAAACCAUGCGUCAUGACCCUAUUUGUGUUGUCACUGAUCAAGAUCCAGCUGUUAAGCUUGCUGUUGCUCGUGUGUUUGGAACAUCAAAACAUAGAUUUUGCAUGUGGCAUAUAAUGUGCAAGGUUGGUGAGAAGGUUGGACCGGUUUUGUCUAAAGAUGAGGUGUUUCGGAGGAAGUUGAAUUGCAUUGUUUGGAACAAAUCUCUUGACGCCAAGGCUUUUGAGGAUGCAUGGAGUCAUAUUAUGGAGGAAUAUGGUUUGGGUGAUAAUGGUUGGUUUCGUUAUUUGUUUGAGUCUCGUACAUUUUGGGCAUCUCCAUAUUUUCACGACGAGUUUAUGUCGGGCUUGGUUAGGACAACUUCACGAUCAGAAUCUCAAAAUAGUUUCUUUGGCAGUUUCUCUAAUGGACAUUCUAGUUUGGUUGAGUUCUUGGUGCAUUUUGGCAGUGCUAUUGGUGCACAACGUCACACUCAAGCAAAAAUGAAUGCUGAUUGUGAAUCUUGUUUUCCUGUUUUGAAGACACCACUGGCAUUGGAAAAGCAUGCAAUGGAUGUUUACGCCAUUUCUGUAUUUUAUGAUGUGCAAGUAGAGAUUUGUGCAGCUUGCUUUUCGUGUCGAGUGGCUUCUUUGUGCAACUGUGAUGGUCAUGUGUCUUAUGUGAUAAAUGAUGGAGACCAGCGGCCAUGGUGUGUGGAGCUUGUUUUGUCUGAUUAUACUGCUACUUGUUCUUGCAAGAUGUUUGAGCGGAUGGGGUUGUUGUGUAGGCAUAUUUUUUUGGUUUUUAAAGAUUGUGGCCUUGAGAGCAUUCCUUCGAGGUAUUUGGUGGACCGGUGGACAAAAGGUGCUUGUUUGAAGCCAAUAUUUGAUAUUGAUGAUACAGUUGUUGAUCAAUCUUCUAAAGUGGAGAAUGUUAGGGUGCUUACUAAUAUACUGUGGUCUGACAUAUAUGCUUGUGUGGGAUUGACCGAUGGUAAUAUAGAACGUUUGUCACAGCUACGACGUGUUAUUUGUGAGCAAAGACAAUUAUUUUUACAAGACGGCAGUGAGAAUGGAAGUGGGGUGGCUGGUGGCAGCAAGCAAAGCGUGAUUAAUUCAGUUUGUGGAGUUGUGUCGCAGCAGUCGACAGUGGAGGUGCAUGAUCCCAUCCAAGCUAAGAACAAGGGCAGUGGCAAGCGGUUGAAGAGUGCAAGGGAGAAAGCUGCGCGUAAGUGUGUAAAACAAUCAAGGAAAUGUCACACUUGUGAUGAAUACGAGCACAAUAGCAGGACAUGCCCUUUAAAUGGUUAG